UCUCUGUGGAGAACUGCGCGAUGAAAAACUUGAAGUUUUUAUUAUUCUGAAAUCCGGAUAGUGGAUACAAUGUACUUAAAAACUUUGAAUUAUUUGAAUAUAAAUAUACGUUUCAAUUAGAUUAAGAGCUCAAAAGUAACGUGCUCCGUAAUUCUUUCAAUUUGGUUGAUGUAUAUUUACAAUUAUUUUGUCAGCUGACUAAUAUAAACAAAGGAAUGUCAAAAGUGUAGUCUUGAGACGUAGUGGUGCAAUAACUUACAACAAUGGAUGUUGACGGUUCAGCUGUUCCUGGUGAAAUAGAUCAAAAUCUUCUCUUGCAAUUUAGUUGUAUGAAUACCACUGAUAGGGAUGAGCUUAUAAAUCAAAUGCAAAGGCUUUUGGGGCCUAGUUUAAAUUAUAACACAGCAAGCUUUUUUCUAGACAUGAGUAAUUGGAACUUACAGGCUGCAAUAUGUUGUUAUUUAGAUUAUAAUUUACCACCAAAACUUCCAUCAAUGUCUUUAAAAGCUGCUCAAACACAGGAAUCAGCAGUUAGUCCAGGAACAAGUUUUGAACAAAGUUGGAGUAUUGCAAAUACAGGGACAGAAGGUUGGCCUGGCAGUUGUAGGUUGAUACAGGCUGGUGGUGAUCCAUUAGGAGCAACAUCCUUGUAUGUGCCACCAUUGCUCCCAGGACAUAGUACCACAGUUACUAUGAAGUUAGUGGCACCUAGUACACCUGGCACAUUUAGGGGCUAUUUCCAUUUGGUUUCUGAUAAAGGAGAUCAAAUAGGAGAUCCACUAUGGGCAAUAAUUAAGGUAGAAUCUGAGGAAACCAUGGCCCUAGCAGAACAAUUAGCUGCACUGCCAAUACCUAGUAGUAGGCUAGAAGAACAGUCACAGGAACCUGCUUCAGAUGAUCAAAUGUGUUGAUAAUAUGAAUACUUUUUUGUUCUCUUAAUAUAUUUGCCAUACAAUUGAUUAAGUUGUGGAAAUUUUAUAAAUGCC